CGCCCGGCGACGCCAGUAUCGCAAAAAUGUUCGAUCGUGUUCUUGAGAAAGAAUUCUCUGAAAAUGAUCAGCCUGAAGGUUCUGAUGGAAGCAGUUUCAACAACAGUGUAGCUGAUCAGCAAGCUGUACUGGAGACUGUAGCUAAAAUCACCCAUGAGAAGGGGAAAAAGAAUGAAACUCAAGAGGCAAAUGGUACUAGAUCAUUCCAGUUUCAUGAUGUAUUUUCUCUAGAAAAUGAAGGUUCUGAUGACAUGACAACGUUGGUAGACAAACAGGAUAAUGUGUUUGUGAUGUCAAAUAAGAAAUCAAAAUAUCCAGUUCUUCAAGUAGAUUUAAGGCUGAUUUCAGACUUAGUGGUGGUUAUAGUUUCUGCUGCCAUUGGUGGAAUUAUCUUUUCUUGUCUUGGACAACCGGUUAUUGUUGGCUAUCUUCUUGCUGGUUCCCUUAUUGGUCCAGGAGGUUUGAAAUUCAUCAGUGAAAUGGUACAGGUCGAGACAGUUGCUCAGUUUGGUGUUGUCUUCCUUCUAUUUGCUUUAGGACUGGAGUUUUCUCUGACAAAGCUAAAAGUUGUUGGUCCUGUUGCUAUUCUUGGAGGGCUACUUCAAAUAGCUAUAUUGGUGUGUUUAUGUGGCAUAACUGCUAUGCUAUGUGGAGCAAAGUUAUCGGAUGGUGUAUUUGUUGGUUUUUUCCUUUCUAUGUCAUCAACAGCAGUGGUGGUGAAAUUUCUGGUAGAGCGGAACAGUAAUAAUGCUCUUCAUGGUCAGGUUACGAUUGGGACACUUAUUUUUCAGGAUUGUGCUGUUGGUUUACUAUUUGCUUUGCUCCCAGUUCUGGGUGGUAAUAGCGGCAUUUUGUAUGGAAUGAUCUCAAUGGGAAAGCUGCUACUGGUCUUGUCCAUAUAUCUCUCUGUUGUGUCUGUAUUGACUUGGUCGUUCAUUCCUCGAUUUCUAAAGCUGAUGAUACAGCUAUCAUCUCAGACAAAUGAACUUUACCAGCUAGCUUCAGUGGCAUUCUGCUUAUUAUCUGCUUGGUGCAGUGACAAGCUCGGCCUUAGUCUUGAGUUGGGUUCAUUUGUGGCUGGAGUUAUGAUAUCAACCACUGACUUUGCACAGCAUACUCUAGAUCAGGUGGAACCAAUCCGUAAUCUAUUUGCUGCUCUCUUCCUUUCGAGUAUUGGAAUGCUCAUACAUGUACAAUUCCUGUGGACCCAUGUGGAUAUAUUGUUGGCAUCUGUUAUUCUGGUUAUAGUUGUUAAGACCACUGUUGCUGCUAUGGUUACCAAGGCAUUUGGAUAUAGCACCAGGACUUCAUUUCUGGUUGGAGUAUUGCUUGCUCAGAUUGGAGAAUUUUCUUUUGUUCUCUUAAGCCGUGCCUCAAAUCUUCAUCUCGUUGAGGGGAAGAUGUAUAUUCUUCUUCUUGGAACAACAGCACUGAGUCUGGUAACAACUCCUGUCCUGUUCAAGUUGAUACCUGCUAUGAUGCACUUGGGUGCUCUCAUGCACUGGUUUCCCGCAGAGAAUAGCACACAGAAUGAGGAGAAAGCUUCCAUGAUUGAAGCUAACAGAUUGUUGUGACCUUUGAAGUGUUUGUCGGGUGGAAUCUAAGGCUUCGAUUACAUAUCAGAAUUUUUUAAGAUUAGAUUAGAUGGUUGUCUCAGUCAAUUUCAUCACCAAAAACUACAGUUACACAUCAGUACUUGCCGUUCCCCUGGAGUUUGUGUACAUAUAUAGUACAUCACAUUAUAUUUUUAAAAUACUGUAUAUAUGAUUUUUUUUUU